AUGUCUUCUCACAAGACUUUCAGGAUCAAGGGAUUUCUAGCCAAGAAGCAAAAGCAGAAUCAUCCCAUUCCCCAAAGGAUUCAAAUGAAAACUGGUAAUAAAAUCAAGUACAACUCCAAGAGAAGACACUGGAGAAGAACCACGCUGGGUCUGUAA